AUGGCCAGAGUUUGCGCGCAGGUGGAACGGAGAUCCCGGAGCGCGGCUGCCCAGGAGAGGAAGGGAAGGGCACCCCCGGGGUCCCGCCUGCGGUGCCCGGCCGUGCCCACCCCAAGCCCCGCCCCCAUUGUUCUCCCCCGAGUGGGGCUGCGGUGGGGCACAUUUGGCGGACCCCUCCAGGGGAAACCAGAACGGUUUAGCGGGAACCCCGGACGGUUUAGCGGGAACCCCCACACCCACCUUCUAGGGAGAAAUGUGCCGCUGCUUCUUGGGAACUUUCCGGAUUUUCAGCACCCGGAACAACAGCAGCGGCGCCCGGACAACAACGCUGUCCACCCGCCCGGCGCUCUCGUCCAGUCGCCGGCUUCGUGCUCUCCUGCCUGGGCUUUCUCUCACCCUCCAGGCGCUGCUUCCCGCAGACCCAGCCUCGGGCGGAGGAACCUGCGGGGACAGGGAGCACCUUCCCCAAAGCCAGGAGAAGGGGUCUCCCCAGACAACGACAUCCUGCUCUCCCUGCCCGGGGAUGUUCAGAGUCGCCACCGGCUGUUUAACUUUACAGCACAUUUCUUGGUCCGCACUUACAAAAAGUCCCAGAGGAAACCAACCUGGGUUUGCCUGCCAGUGGAGAGAAGUGGAGAAGAAUGCUUCGAGGCAAAGAGCUUGAACUCCACAGAGAUGGCUGAAAGGGACAGGCAUAAAAGAAACUCAAACUUGAUUCAAGGUUUCUGAGUACUCAGUGUUUCAUUAAGCUUUCCUCUAGGUUCAUUGGCCCCUCUGUUCCAUCUGGUUCAGGUGAUGCA